CGAGAUCAUUUUUCCAGUUCCACCUCUCUGCCAACAACGGCAUCUCGAUCCUUGCGCUACUUCGGCAUCGAGAACCUUUGAAAGCAUGAAUACACCUACGUUUCUGCCGGUGAUCGGUUCAUAGGCACCCUGUAUCCGUUUUGUCUGGUAAGACCGUCACUGAACAAACUCUUGUGCUAGGCCUGGCAGAAAUGGUUACCUACUUGCCCAUAUCAUCACCUUUCAUUAGAUUCGCUGGUCGAUAUGUUGACGAUGCCUUCGGCGUGGCUGCUGGUUACAACUUCUUCAUAUUCGAAGCCAUUAUGGUCCCGUUCGAAGUUACGGCAUGUAAUAUGAUUAUCAACUACUGGAGCGAUGCAGUUCCAGUUGCCGGGAUUGUUAUCAUUGUACUAGCACUCUACGUUCUUUUGAAUCUCUUUGCCGUCGAAUGGUAUGGCGAGUCUGAAUUCUGGCUUUCUCUCAGCAAAGUCUUACUUAGUGUGGGGCUGAUAUUCUUCACAUUUAUUGUGAUGGUUGGAGGUAACCCUCUCGGCGACCGGUUCGGCUUCCGGUACUGGAGAAACCCUGGAGCCUUCGCAGAAUAUUAUAAGCCUGGCGAUCUUGGGCGAUGGCUUGGAUUCUUGGCUUGUUUCAUUCAGGCUAGCUUCACCAUCGCCGGGCCUGACUACGUCUCAAUGGCUGCCGGGGAGGCAGUCAAUCCCCGUGGAGUUCUACCGAAGGCCUACAACGGCAUAUUCCUUCGGCUCACGGCAUUCUUUGUUUUGGGGGUGCUUUGCAUUGGCAUCUUGGUUCCUUAUAACGACCCCGAAAUGGCGGCUGCAUUUGAACAAGACUUGCCCGGCGCUGCGUCAUCGCCUUAUGUGAUUGCAAUGGAUCGGUUACGAAUCCCAGUGCUGCCACACAUCGUCAAUGCCAUGAUUCUCCUUGCUUCGUUCAGCGCGGGUAACAGCUAUGUUUACUGUGCCAGCCGUAGCCUUUAUGGGCUUGCGCUUGAUGGCAAGGCGCCACGAAUCCUCACAAAAUGCACCAAAAAGGGUAUACCGAUCUACUGCGUGCUAGCCGUUCUUCUGAUUUCCCUUCUUGCGUUCUUACAGGUUUCCAAUGGCUCAGCAGUCGUGCUUAACUGGUUUGUUAGUCUGAUGACAGCCUCCCAACUCAUUAAUUUCUCGGUCAUUACCUUCACAUACACUAGAUUUAGGAAAGCUCUGAUCGCACAAGGCGUGGCCCGGCAGACUCUACCCUACCGGAGUUGGGGCCAGCCUUAUGUCGCCUACAUAGCCUUGGUCUCCACAUUCGUCAUGACCUUUGUCGGAGGAUACACAGUUUUUCUGCCCGGCAACUGGGACGUACCGACAUUCUUGUUUUCGUACACGAUGAUUGCGGUGUUUCCAAUCAUUUAUGUUGGCUAUAAAUUCCUUUGCCGAACAAAAUUCCUGAAGCCCGAAGAGAUCGAUAUAAUGACUGGAGUGGAUGAUAUAGAUGAGUAUACGAAGAGCUAUGUUGAAGUACCUUCGCGUAACCCUCUCUCACGAUUUGGCGAUUGGCUGUUCGGCUAACCUACUUACACGGUUGGACCAAAGAGGUGUGGCAAGAAUGAUGUGUUCUAUUGUAUUGAUUACAA